AUGGACUCGUCUACCCUCUUCCGCCAGCUGCUCCGCACGCCCGCCUUCUGCCGCUCUGCCCUCGUCCCGCCUGCGCGUCCCCAUGGCCGGACCUUCGCCGUGCUUGCGCCAUCUCUGGCACAUCCACGCUUCAUGUCUCUCCCGCGCAUCGUCCAGCCCAGCUUCUGGGCUUCCAUGGUGCCAAGGCCAUUCAAAAAUCGCUCUGAACAAGCCAAGCCGAGAGAGUGGAAUCCGGCUACGCCCUACAUCAUCCUUGGACUCCUUGUUGGCAGCCAAGCGAUUCAAAUAUUGUGGUUGAAGCAAGAGAGGGGCCACACCAUACGUAAAGCAGAGGCCAAGAUCGGGAUACUCCGAGAGAUCAUUGAGCGUGUGCAGAGAGGCGAAAAUGUGCCGGUCGAGAAGGUGCUGGGAACAGGGGACGCAGCAAGUGAGCGGGAAUGGGCUGAAGUUUUAAAGGACAUCGAGGAUGAAAAGGCCCUAUUUCAGAGCAAAAAGAAAAGGAAGGCCCUACGGCAAGCUGCAGAGGCCAAGCUGCAGGUCGAUGGAGUAAGGAAAGAGAUGGACAACGAACCCGCCAAGCUCCAAGUGGAAAACUUUGGCGGUGCAAAGUUCUACUAG